GAGCGGUGGGAGGCAGCUGGGCGCGGGACUGACCUCCCCAGGGCGCCCCGCUGCAGCCGCACAGGUCCGGCCUCGCCUCCCGAACGCCUGUCUCAGACCAUUCACUGGGCAGCACUUCGGGGCUGCUGAGCGCUCUCGCAGCGUUCAGGCGGGCGGGCCGGCAGGCCGGCCGGCGUGCGGAGGACUGUGCGCCCUGGGCGCGCGCGGCGGUGAGGCCUGGGGAGCUCUGUAUGCCAAGACGCGCGCGCGAGCCGGCUUGGCGAUGCACGCCCUCACUGGCUUCUCGCUAGUCAGCCUGCUCAGCUUCGGCUACCUGUCCUGGGACUGGGCCAAGCCAACCCUGGUGGCCGACGGGCCCAGCGAGGCCAGCGAGCAGCCCUCGGUCGCUCCACCCCAGCCUCCCCACAUUAUCUUCAUCCUCACCGAUGACCAGGGCUACCACGACGUAGGCUACCAUGGCUCAGAUAUCGAGACCCCUACGCUAGACCGGCUGGCCGCCGAGGGUGUCAAGUUGGAGAAUUAUUAUAUCCAGCCCAUCUGCACGCCUUCACGGAGCCAACUUCUCACUGGCAGGUACCAGAUCCACACGGGACUUCAGCAUUCCAUCAUCCGCCCUCGGCAGCCCAACUGCCUGCCCCUGGACCAGGUGACCCUGCCCCAGAAGCUGCAGGAAGCAGGUUACUCCACCCACAUGGUGGGCAAGUGGCACCUGGGCUUCUACCGGAAGGAGUGCCUGCCCACCCGUCGGGGCUUCGACACCUUCCUGGGCUCGCUCACGGGCAACGUGGACUACUACACUUACGACAACUGUGACGGCCCCGGGGUGUGCGGCUUUGACCUGCACGAGGGCGAGAGCGUGGCCUGGGGUCUCAGCGGCCAGUACUCCACCAUGCUCUAUGCCCAGCGCGUCAGCCGCAUCCUGGCCAGCCACAGCCCCCGGCAGCCCCUCUUCCUCUAUGUGGCCUUCCAGGCAGUACACACGCCCCUGCAGUCCCCCCGUGAGUACCUGUACCGCUACCGCACCAUGGGCAACGUGGCCCGGCGGAAGUACGCGGCCAUGGUGACCUGCAUGGAUGAGGCCGUGCGCAACAUCACCUGGGCCCUUAAGCGUUAUGGUUUCUACAACAACAGUGUCAUCAUCUUCUCUAGUGACAAUGGUGGCCAGACAUUCUCGGGGGGCAGCAACUGGCCACUGCGAGGGCGCAAGGGCACUUACUGGGAAGGUGGUGUGCGGGGCCUCGGCUUCGUCCAUAGCCCCCUACUCAAGAGAAAACGACGGACAAGCCGGGCACUGGUGCACAUCACUGACUGGUACCCGACCUUGGUGAGUCUGGCAGGUGGCACUGCCUCUGUAGCCGAUGGGCUAGACGGCUACGACGUGUGGCCAGCCAUCAGCGAGGGCCGGGCCUCGCCGCGCACAGAGAUCCUGCACAACAUCGACCCGCUCUACAACCACGCCCGGCACGGCUCCCUCGAGGGUGGCUUCGGCAUCUGGAACACUGCUGUGCAGGCGGCCAUCCGCGUGGGCGAGUGGAAGCUGCUGACGGGGGACCCUGGCUAUGGCGACUGGAUCCCACCGCAGACGCUGGCUGCCUUCCCUGGUAGCUGGUGGAACCUGGAGAGGAUGGCCAGUGCCCGCCAGGCUGUGUGGCUCUUCAACAUCAGUGCUGACCCCUAUGAACGGGAAGACCUAGCUGGCCAGCGGCCCGACGUGGUCCGCACCCUGCUGGCUCGCCUGGCAGAGUAUAACCGCACAGCCAUCCCUGUGCGCUACCCGGCUGAGAAUCCCCGGGCGCAUCCUGACUUUAAUGGGGGUGCUUGGGGGCCCUGGGCUAGUGAUGAAGAGGAAGAGGAGGAGGAGGAGGAAGCCAGAACUCGAAGCUUCUCCCGGGGGCGUCGCAAGAAAAAAUGCAAGAUUUGCAAGCUGCGAUCAUUUUUUCGUAAACUCAACACCAGAUGGAUGUCCCAACAAAUCUGAGUGGGGGAGGUGAGGCUCUCUGUCCUCCUAAAUAUAUUGCCUCACUCAAGCCUGGUCCUGCUUCUCCCAGGGAGGGGCCUGAGGUCAAGUGUCCGUCUGAAGGGAAAUGGAGGCUGUGCAGCCCCACUGCUGGAGAAUGGGGAUCUUGGCUUGGGGUGGGGGUAGAAUAAACUGGACUGGAAUGGCUGGAUCCCA